UGAAUUUCACCACAGAACUCUUUCUAUGCAGCUAAGAUCUCAGAAAGAGUUCAGAACACUGUGUAAUGAUAAGCACAGAAGGGCUUUAUCAUGUAUAUGAAAUAUUGAAUGAGAAAAACUGCAUUCACAAAUAACAAAAAAUAUAUGCGCCUCUUGUGGAAACCUUUGUAACUGCUUCUGAGAUAUUCACAUCCACAUUUCUACAGUAGUCAAAUGAAAGAGAGCAAAGGAAAAAAAAAAUGCUUAUGUUUGAUACCAGACAGAAAAAAAAAUAGUGAAUAAUUUUGACACUAAAUAGAUACACUUAAAAAAGGAAACGGAAAAGAAAAAAAGGUGGUUUUUUCCUUCUUAGAUAGCUUUUAAAUUAUUAUGGCAAAAUGUUUCAGGUGCUAUAAUCAGUAAUCAGUGAAAUGUCUGUAGGCUAAAUUGCUUCUCAGUAAAUACAGUUUUGUCAAUCUGCUCAGAUUGACCCUUAUACGCUUUGGCUGGAGAGUGCUGUCAUUUACACAGGUGCAAGUUUCUAGAUUUACACAGGUGUAAUAGAAGAAUUUGGCAGAGUUUUGUUAGUUUUAAGCUUUAAAAUAUCAGGUCAACUGUCAUAGUUUUAUCAAGUUUUAAUAUAUUUCUGUGCUGAUGACACUGCUUCACAGGUGUUGAUAGAACAAAGAAUUUUGCAGUGUCUAACUAAAUCCUGUAACCUACUAACAUCUCUGCCUGAAAGCAGUGAAUCCCGGACCACUAGACUUAAAAUCUCCAGACGUCUUCUUAAAAAGUGAUUCAUUUAUUGUUUAGUACUCUUUUCAUCAUAAAUACUCAUUUCUGAAACAAACAAGCAAACAGCUAAACACAGCCUACUUUCACAACUAUUCCUAUCACUGUUGUUUAAUCUGUAUAGCCAGCAUCCCAUUAGUACAGUACUUUUAUACAAUAAUCAGAAUAAUAUUGUUUUAAGUCAGAAAAGUUGUUGAUGAAACUUUUGUACAUUGACAGGACAAACGAAAAACAGAUAAGGUAUCUUGGAACAAUUUUAACAUCAUUUAUUAAUUUUCAAUUUACUCACAUCCCUUUGUAGCUUUUCCAAGCUUGUUUGCUAUACCUGAAGCAAUAGAAAUGUGCCAGUAGGAAUGAUUUUAGUUUUGAUUCAGAUCCUAGAUCUUCUUGCCAUGCUACUCUGUGUGGCUCAAUAAAAGACUGCUAACCUAACAUGCAACAAGGGAACUUGCAGAUUCUAAGUGUUCUGGAGCUGAUCUUCAGCUGUUUGGUCAACUCCAAAUUAUCUAAGUGAUUCAAACAGGAGAAAUAAAAGGGACAGCUUAGCUGGAGUGAGGUGUGUGCACAUCAAGUUUCACUUGCUUAAAUGAGGCAACACAGAUAUCAGUCCAACAAACUCACUGCUAAACUCACACCGUAAUGAAGGAAUCAGACCCAGAACAACUUAUUCUCAGAUUGUGAUGUAUCUGUGAUUUUUUUUUUAAUUUGUGUUUUUGGCUUUAAUUUGCUGUUUUCAAAAAAUCAGAAUGCAAUUUAGAAAUGAAGAGGGGAGGCAGAAAUCUAAAUCUGAGAAGAAGAAGAAAAAAGAUACAUUUAACAGGUCAUUCUCUUCACAGAAAUUACAGUGGAUUGCUCUUUCUGGAUUUAACAGUAGAGGCAUGGGAAAUUUUCAGAUGUCACAAGUUUGCCGAUAACACUUGAACAUAUGAUUAGCUUUCGUGAGCUGUCUUUAGAAACCUUAUAUUUUUUCCCCCUACACCUUGCCCAGAGAUCCUACGUGCUUUCCUUCCCCUGAGGUUUUGGAAAACUUAAAAUGUUGCUUUGACAAAAAUCAAGGAUGUGGACAAGUUUUUUUUUCCUGUGUGAUGUCACUUUUCCUGCUCUUCAUAAGCCCCUGCAAAGAAGGGAACUUAUCUGAGGAUUCUUGCUCCAGACGCAAACAAGGGAAAGUGAGAAGCAAAAGGAGUAUCAAGUUUCAGAUACUAAACAGCCACUAAGAGCUGAGAACCAUGCCGCACACCAGUCUCUGCAGCUGCCUGGAGUACAUGCUGCUUGUGCUCUGUAUCCUGAAGGCUGCAGUUGGCUUCCCCAACUCCUCUCCACUGCUGAAUCCCAGCUGGCGGAAUGGAGAUCAGCUGAUGCACUUGUACACUUCUACAGAGAGGAACAGCUUCCAUCUCCAAAUCAAUGCUGAUGGCCACAUCAGUGGUGUUCCUUACCAAACCAUUUACAGUGCCCUAAUGAUCAAGUCUGAGGGUGCUGGCUAUGUUAUAAUCACAGGCGUGAAGAGUGGACGCUACCUAUGCAUGGACAUGAAAGGAGACAUUUUUGGAUCGCAUUAUUUCAGCCAAGAGGAUUGCGUGUUCAACCAAAGAACACUGGAAAAUGGAUAUGAUGUGUAUCAAUCUCCCAAGCACCACUUUCUGGUUAGCUUAGGCAGAAGUAAGCAAGUUUUCGUCCCUGGUAUGAAUCCACCACCGUACUCCCAGUUUUUGUCCAGGAGAAAUGAAAUCCCUUUGUUUCGAUUCAACACACCUGAACCCCACAGAAACACUAGGAGUGCAGAUGUUGAUCCAAUGGAUCCUCACCAGAUCCUGGUCCCACAGAGAAAGGUCUCUGCAUUAGAGUCUCAGCUGCAACUGCAAAUGGACUUUUCCCAUGUGCCCAGAGAACCCGUGAGAGUCAAUCAGAACGAUGUGGUCAACCCAGAUGACCCACACGCUAUGAUGGAUGCCAGGAGAUAUGCUAGUCCUCGCUUUUACAUUACAAGAUAAUGGCAACCACUUGCAAAUUGAUGACAUGAAUGAAUAUAACAGACAGAAGUGCCUAAAACACUCAAUCUGAUUUCUAACCCUCAGGGUGGGCUGCUAGAAACCCAAAGAACAUUGAAAAAAAAAAAUUAUUUCAAAUUUUGUCCUUAUGCAUGACGGUUUACUGAAAAAGGAUGUUGCACUCUGCUUUACUGAAAAGACAAUCCAUUUUCAAAAUGUAUAAUAGAAACUAAAUAUUUUACGGUCUGAAAUACCCUUAGUAUGCCUAAGUGAAAAACAGAAUUCACUUGAAUGUAAUGAUGAACUAGUGUUAUGUUACUGAUGUGUCUGGAAGAAGACUUGAGCCCUCUAGGAUUAGAAACUCCAGCAGAGGCAGAGAAUCUUCUUACUAGCUCACUUGCAAGCACAGCAGACUAACUGACCUACAGUGUGUUAUAUCAUCACAUAAAACUUGCCAUAUAUAUUCUUAAGUGUUGAGAUUGGAGCUUCGGUCUCUUUUUGUGCCCAUAGCAGUCAGAAAGUGACCACUCUGGUGACAAAAAAAGCAGUGCAUAAAGAAAACUGGAGUAGCUGACAGGGAUCAAAUGGCCUUGUGUAGACAGUCAUUUCUGACACCUAUUGAAUCCAAGCUGAGGUUUGAAAAAUGAGUAUUUGAGUCUCACCGUUCUCUCAAGUUCUCUGUCACAUCUCUCUAUUCACGUAAUUAUAGCAACACAAUAUGGAAAUGCAAUAUAGAAACAUUCAUUAGUUUUGCAUGUUUCUAACCCAGAGGGAAGUACCAGGAUCAGUAUAUGCCAAAUAGGCUAGUUUAUUUUGACCAGUGCUCUCCAAGACAAAAAAUCCUCUCGGAUUAUGCCUCACAGGCGAAUUAUUAAUGGUUAAUGCAGACUCACAUCUAAUGAGUAAAAAAUUAAGCAUGUAUUUAGAAAAGGAGCUUCUACGUUUGACAUCAAAGUUUUUACCUAAUUCUAAGCAGACAUCAGAUGCUUUAUAUGUGUAAGAGUGAAAUGACUUCAAUAUUAUCAGAUUUCUAAAUGUUGACAAAAUCUAGGCAUCUAGAUUGACGUUUGUCAUGGGUAGGUUAGUUACCAAAAUGUAAAUUCCAUGUAUAUAUUUGAAGUUUACCAAUCUUUAGGUAAGAUAAGAUAUUUGCAGAGUUGAGUUUUCUUUCUAAUUUAGGUGAAAAAUGGUUAAAUUUAGUAGAGCUUCACUGGUUUUAAUGGAGCUACAUAGAGGAUUCUGAAUAUUGUAUACAUAUUUAGCACUUCUUCUCCUUUAUCUCAUCUGCUUGUAGUCAUAUAUUCCUGGAAUUUUAAAUGUAUGUGAUUCUGAAAAAGUGCUUGAUAUACUUCAGCAGAAAUCAAUAGCAUUAGAAAUCAACAGAUAGAGAAAAUUCCAGCAUGGCAGAUAAGUGAAAAUAUCUUUGUGUUUUUUGUGUGUGUGCACUUUCUUCCAUUUUAUUUAAUAGCAUAUUUAACAGCCUGACACCAGUCUGAAAAUGAUGUGUUUCAUCCAGCUUUUUUCAUAGAAGUAGCACAUCAUAAGAUGUCAGGCUAGAUUCUAGUCUUUCUCUUCCUACUAUUUAGUGAAGUAAUUCACUGAAGCCACUGAAGUCAGAAUCGUGUUACAAUAUCAAAAGUAAGGCCCUCUGUUUGUUUUCAUGGAAAUUGCUGAAUAUUCACUGCAGAGUCUGUCCUGCUGACAGCAUUUUAAAUAAUCUACACAAACAUAUAUAAAUAUACACACGUAAAAUAUCUUUUCAUCUACAACCUCCAAGUAGUUACUUUAGAAUAACCACACUAUCUCAUUCUGCUGCAAUGAAGGUUUUGCCAGAUAAUGUGGUUCUUAAUUCAUACAGGAUUAGGAUUGGAUCAACUGUUAUGUCUCACAAAUUAUUUAUUAUUAUCAUGUUUAUAAUUAGUUUUUAAAGGAAAGAAGUUAUUCUAAUGGAUUGGGGAAUUGCAGGUCAGGGAGAUAGCUAUGUGUUUUCUUGCUUAUUCAAAAUACCACAAGCAUUUUUACUUUGUUGCCUACACAGUGGGAACACAUGAUUUUAUGUUCUAUUUAAUAAUUUUAUUUAAUUCCUUUACCAUUGUUGGCUUUCUCUCCUUGAGAACUUUUUACUGCAGUUACACAAGCAGAAUUUUUUUCUGUGCUCCAGAGUUCUCUAGGACACAAAGUCAACAGACCUACAGAAGUUUGAAUCAUGAAAAGUUCUGUCUCAAUCCAUAUUAAGCUUUGAUGACAAAAAUCUCUAAGGUUAAAACUCUAUAAUAUCUCUAUCGGUGCAUAAGAAGACAAAAAGUGUUGCUCAGAGAUUUAAUCCUUGUGUGUUGAAUGAAUGCACAGUAAAUUUUGCAUCAAAAACACGUUUCCAACUAUGAAGAACUUUAUCAAAAGUGUCAGGAGAAUUAUUUCUUCAAUGGAGAUGCUGGCCAUCACCAGCUAGUUAGAAAGCAUUACUUUUUAAAUAUUGCAAUAUUUAUUUAUUUAUUUGAGUGGGUCUUAUGUCCUACAGAAUAUUUAUAAAUAUUUAUAACAAUGAAUUGUGCUGACUAUUAUAGUGACUAUUAAAAUAAAAGUACCAAUAAAUAUUUCUUUCUCUAGAAAUGGUCGAUUUUAUGUUGUUCAUUUGGGCCUACUGUUCCAGAAGAACUUGCAUGAACAAACAGUACUACUUGUUCCUGAAAAUGUCUGUACUACUAUCCUCUGUGAUUCUCAGCUUUAAAAAUUGAGGAUUCCUGGCUGUUUCAUGCACCACACCUGUGAAAACUAGGUGAAAUAUGAUGAGAAAAACAAAGCCUUAGUAGGUGUAAACAGAUUUGGAAGGGAUUGUCAUAUCUACUGGCAUCAACAAAAUAGCAACGGAAAACUACUGGUCUAGCAGUUCAGUCUUGCUAGGAAAAGUGAUUCUGGCUUCAAGGUCUUAGGAUUAGGCAAAUUACUGUUGCUGCUAUUUAUUUUACUGCUGUAUUCCAACA